AAAAAAAAAAAAUCUCAUUUCAUGUAUCAGGGGAGCAAGUGUCAGGUGAGGAGAAAAAUCUGGGAAGAGGAGAAAAAUCUGGGAAGAAAAGGCCAAGAAAAAGAAGUGGCUGCUGUAACCGGUAGACUGUCAACUCAGAUGAUAACCGUAAAUGUGAACGUUAAGUGCGUAUAAAGUUUUUACCAUAUUUUCCUAUGAAAAGAGCUCACCGUGUUUAGCAGCCUUUGAACUCCUCAAUCUUAGCAAAUUAGCCCGACGAGAAUAAAGUGCCGUCACUUAG